AUGAAGGUGAUCAACUGGAAUGAUGAUGAUGAGGUCAAUGAUGUUGAUCAUGUAGCACUUGGAUACCCUCGACAUGGCAUCAAGUCAACGAUCAAAGGUGCCACAUUGAUCAACAUGCGAUUAGACAAGAUGUUGGGAUACAACGCAACUCACAUGUUCAUCGAGACAUUGAACAACAUCAUCAAUGACAAAGAAUACCCGAUAAACAGUGAUCUAAUAUGGAUGGCAAUCGAAUACAAUAACAUAACAGUGUUCAUGUACUUGUUGAACAAUACCAGCAUGUUAUUGGAUGAAACCGAGAUGCCCUUAGACAUGUGCAAGCAUGGGAACAUCGACAUUCUUGAGUUCUACCUGGCUGCGACCGACUACCAUCCACUCCCAACCCAAACCAUCACGCGACUUCCCAAGGCAAUCGACACAGGCAACAUUCAAUUCGUUCGACUGUUGCUCAAACAUACACCAUUCCGACGUGAUGAGCGUGAUCUAAUCAAUGAUAAAGAUGAGAAGCCAGCCAAGAUCAAGUUCAAGAAAGGGCGAGGCAUCACACUUGACAUGCUCAGAAUGUUGCACGAGGAGUUCCAAUGUCUGUUCAUGUUCACAAACGUCUGGUCCGCGAUACUAUUGCACUCGAUCAAGCACAACAUGACCAAGAGUGCUAAUUACAUCCUUGACAACAUGUCCCAAGUCCAUAGCAAAUUGCUGAUAGGGAAGUGCGCAAAUCGAUGCGCCAAAGCAGGCAACAUCACAAUCUUCCAAACACUCAUCAAGACAGACAUGGGCGCCAAGUAUCUCGAGAAGAUCAAUUUAUACCAGGUCAUCGACUUGGCGUUGGAUCAUGGUCGCGAGAACUUCCUCAAUUAUCUGGCCCAACAACACGUUGGCAAAGGCACAUUCAAUCAUGAUACCGAGGAUAGGUUACUCACGUGUUUUGUGUCCAAUGGCAAAGGUAGACUCCGCGUCACUCCACGAGCAGCCAUUCUCCACAAUGACUUUUUCAGCAUGGAUUCAUUCGCCCAGAAACGAGAGGAGAUAAACUUGGAUAUCAAGCAGUGUCAACGAAUGUCCUUGUCAAUGGUGCACUACAUUGCCAAUAUGCACUCACCACCUCUGAUUGCAGCUGGUCGCACAACGGAUAUCAUGGAUAUUCUUCACACUCGCUUCGGAUUGAAGUAUACAGUUGAGUCUGUGGUGGAGGCACUUGUCAAGCGACGAGCCCUGAAGACAUUAGAAUCAAUCUUUCAACAUUUGGACAAGCCAUUCCUUAACCACUAUCUGCUCAAGAGUGCAACAGACACAUAUAUCAAACGACAAUCAUUGAGUGCGGUGGUCUUUGUCAUUGAUAAACUGGACGCGUCAUUGAGGAAUGACCCACUCAUAUGCAUGCAUGCCACACACAAUCCAAACAUCGAUGUCUUUGAACAUGUGUUCAAUCUAUUCACUUUGGAUCAGUUGGAUCAUCGUCUUAUCGAUGAAAUAAUUGAUGAUUACGAGGUUGUCAAUAUUGAUAAAGGUCGAUUUAUCAAUAUAAUAAUCAAUGAAGCAAUGGAUAGUGACAGGAUGGAUAUCGUCAACAUGAUCCAACAAAGAUAUAUUAUGGAGAGAUGUAUUGGCGUCGAGUUGGAUGCAUCGCCAAUUAAGCUCAAUGAAUUGGCCAAGAACGGAUCAUACAAGUCAUUGACCUACUUGUUCAACAUGCCACCAUUCACCGACUUGCCAAGGAUGGACCAGUUGCGCAUGAUUCACAACAUCAAGAACCUUGGAUAUCGACAUCUAAUGCCUCGAAUGGUCACCAUUUGUAAUGAUCAGAUCAAGGUCAUCACGUUCAAUGAUCACCAUCAUGAUGUCCAAAUGACACAACAUCAAGAUGAAGACACAAGAAUGCCAAAUGUUGACUCCAAUUCAGAGUUGGAUCAUGUGAUUCAUUCAGUGUUCAAUGAUGUGAAGCUUGGCAAAUUGAUCAUGGAACACAUUGGACAAAUUCACAGAUCAUCACUUGGAAUGAAGGAGAACAAACUGAUCAAAGGUGUCAAACUUCUUGAGAAUCAUAGUCUGGAGGAUUACAUCAAGUUUGGUGCAACUGAAUGGUUCCUCAAAAGUUACAACGAUACAUUCACACCAAACGUUGCCAAUACCAAUCAACACCAUCACAACAAUCACCUACUCGAGAUUGCAUUGACCACUUGCAACAAACGAGUUGCUGAGGUACUUUUGGCCAAUCCAAUGAUGUCGAUCGAAGUUUGUGAGAGUCAUCCCAUCAGCUUGUCAAUGGUCUCAAGGAUAUCAUCAUGCACACAUCCCGAUUGGGAGUGGGCAUUCGAUCAGUACAUCAAGCUCACAGGUCUGCAAGCCAAUCUCGAAAUUGAGAAAGAGGUAAUGGAGAGAAUCCGCCAUCCAUCAUUCAUUCGCAAACUCAUUCAACUUGGUGUUCGCCUCACGCCCCUCUAUCGAGAAAAUUCAUUUAACAGUGCUGUUGAGCAUGGACACCUGGCCAUUGCAAAGAAGAUGCACACUUGUAUCCUUGACUCCUGUAAUGGUCAUCACAGCUUUUUGGCCAAGUUAGCUCAUGUUUUGGUAGUUGGCAACUUGGAGAUGGUCAACUUCCUGCUCGACAUCAGUGCCGACAUGUCAUUGGACAAGGACGAGGACUCAAAACCAACUGUUGUCAACAGGAUCCAUCACGAGAUAUUGACGAUUGAUUUGUUGGAGCGAUUGAUGGCCACUCCCAACAUCAAAUGCCACUUUGCCAUGAUUAUGGGACAGGCGAUCAGAUGUGAGUCUGGCACCAAACAUGCACUGAUGGACUGGUUAGAGCAACAUCAGAUCAAUGGAAACAUUCAAACAAACUUUAAGUUUGCAUUGAGUGUUGCAUCGAAUCUUGGUGACCUGGAUUCCAUCCGUCGGAUAAUGUCAUUCGCUGCGCGUGAUGGAAAUGAUCAAGUCAAUCUCUCAUUUAUCAACAUUAUAGGAUUGAUGAGACAUGUUGGCAAGCCCAACAGCAAUGUGACCGAGCAGACAAUCAUUGAAUAUGUCACUGAUGAUAUCAAGAAGGACUCAUUAUCAAAAUUCUCCAAGAUGAUUAAUGAAUCAAGUAAUUCAUUUCCACUUGCACUCAUCAAGUUGUUCUUCACUCAUCUUACCGAUAUGGUCGACAUCGACAUUGACCAACCAUCGUCAUCAUCAUCAUGGGACUCUGAACAAUUUAACUCAAUCAUUUUCUUCUUUAUUAUGGUUCGAGACUUUGAAUCAAUCGACUACCUCUUUCAACUUGGAUUGAAGUUCAACAAACAGAUUUAUCAGUUUGGACCAUUACACUAUUAA